GUGCAUGCAAACAGAUAGAUAGCCUACUUUUAAGUGAUAUGGAACACUGUGUUCUUACAUUUGUAAUUACACCGUCCUCCUAAUAGGGUUCGAGAUGGACUUAUAAGGGCCCAUAGACCUUCAUAGGGGUCCAUCUGUGAACACACUCUACUUUGGUACCAUUAGGGGGCGAUCACGACCACCCACUAAGCAGAGCAAGCGUCCCCUCCCACGUAGGACAAUGGAAUUGUGAAGCCACUCAGGAGCGCGAGCCGAGCAAGGAGUAGGCAUCCGAGGCAGCGUGAAAAGGGAGCAGUCAAUGCCAACCUCAAAAGCAAUAUGGAUGAAUGGCCACCUAAGUGGAAUUGGUGAUGUCGCAGUGAGAAUGCCACCACCGCACAUAUCACGUCUUCUUUUUCUCUUUCUUUUUCUCGGCAAUCUCUGGGAAGGACUUGCUAAAUCCAUUCCGGACCAGGGAGCACUUGAGGUGCUCAUCAGAGUCCAGGUGUUUGACAACAGUGACCUUUCACCUCUGGCAGAGGCUGCAGUGGAGGUUUAUGGGAACCAGUCUAACUUGGCAUCCAGCAAGGCUGCCAAAGAUGGUGUCGUCAUGGUCACCUUCCUGUACCGCCCUGGCACCUGGGUCAUUGUCACGGCAACAAAACAGGGCUUUGUCACUAACUCCGCCCCCUGGCAUGCCAGCCGCAUCCCCUUGUAUGCUACAGUCAGCCUCUACCUGCUCCCCCAGCGGCCUGCCACCCUGAUCCUGUAUGAUGAUGUCGUCCAGGUGCUGCUAGGAUCCCCAGGAGUCAAAAACCAGCCAUGGAUACAGCUCCAGAGGAAAGCAGUGACUCUGGCCCUCAACUCUACCAACCCAGAGCUCUCUGCUGUGCUGACCUCCGCACAGAGUCAGUAUGAGAUAGGAGGUUUCCCCUACCCAUUGGGCCUGGAGAGCAAUGCCACCGGGGCGAACAGUAGCUGGGUGGGCCUGACUGCGGUGGCGGCGGUCAAUGCCCAGCUCUUCAGUCGUAACGGGACCAGUGUUCAGGUGUGGGACCCCGUCCAUAUCUGCAUCCCCCUGCCCUUAGACACACCCCUGCAGACAGCCACCAGUGUCCCCGUGUGGAGGUUCGACGACAAGACAGGACUCUGGGUCAGGAAAGGUACCGGAUACAUCAAGAAAGAAGGAGCACAGCUUACAUGGAGUUUUGUGGCCAACCAGCUAGGAUAUUGGCUGGCUGCCUUUCCCUCAACCACAGGCUCAGCUUUGAACCCCAUGGGCCUGCGAGACAUCACCACCUACCACACCAUCUUCCUCCUAACCAUCCUGGGCUCCAUGGCUCUGCUGGUGCUGGUGCUGCUCUGUCUGCUGCUCUAUUACUGCAGGCGGAGAUGUCUGAAACCACGGCAGCAGUACCGUCACGGCAAGAUGCAUGUCUCCUCCGGCAUGGACGGCUCCAAAAGAGAUCAAUGCACCUCCAUGUCCCACCUCAACCUCAUCAGCUCAGGCCACAUCCACAUCGACACAGCUUCCUCCACCGGGGGUGACCCAGACGCCCUCAAAUCAGACCUGUCCUCCACCCGGGAUCUCCACAGCUCCAGGGAGGAUUUCUUCCGGCACACGCCCCCAGGAAAGGCCCAGCGCCACUCCAAGGUGAACACGGACAGUAUCACCAGACGUGGCGGUGGGGAGAGUUUUCCCAUGAAGGUGACAACACGCUCUACUAACACUAACAACAUGGACCCUCAGCUGCUGCUCCACAACGACACCCGCAGCUUCAGCUCAACGGAGGAUAAUACCCAUGAUCCUCGACGUCGCCAUAAUCACAACGCCAAUGACAACCAGGCUUACUCCUCAGAUCCACCAUCUCCACCACCUUUACUGCCUCCCUUCGCCGGGCACUACCAGGAGUACUCUGGCCUGCCCCCGGAGUACUCAGCGUCCCAGACCGGGGACCUCUUAGCCAGGCCCAACUCUCUAAACACCCAGCCCGGCCAGCUCAUCUUCUGCCACUCCAUGGACCAGAUGAAGGAAAGCAUGUACCGGAGUGUGGUGCCCACGCUGGUCAUCCCGGCCCACUACAUGCGCCUGUCGUCGGACCUGUCGGCUGUGGAGCAGGCCUUGGAGAGGCAGCAACAGAUGCAGCAUGACAUGGAGGGAAUCCAGGUUAGCAUGACUCUGCCCAGGCAGCAGGGACAGGUACACCACAAUCAGCAGCAGAAACCACAGAACCAGCAACAACAGAAUCAUCAACAGGAAGACGGGGAAGGGGAAGAACCAGGCCAGCAGAGGGAGGACUCAGAAGGACACUCCAACUGGGCCUCGGACCCUAACGCGGCUCCAGUCCACAUCCCGGUCCUGUUCAAUGACAACACCAUAUCUCAGAUGAACGGAGAGCUGCAGGCGCUGACGGAGAAGAAGCUUCUGGAGCUGGGGGUGAAACCGCACCCCCGGGCCUGGUUCGUCUCCCUGGACGGUCGCUCCAACUCCCUGGUUCGCCACUCCUACAUCGAGCUGGGGGGAGACACUCUCAGCAUCCCUGGAGGAGGGGGGGGCGGAGGAGCCAUGGGGAGUCAUCAUGACAACCGAGUAGACGUCGCUCGCGAAGCCAACAUGAAGCAGCGGAAGGGAAAGGAGGAGAGGAAGGCCAAGGAAGCAAAGGAGGCUGCAGCUGCGGUUGAGAGGAAGGGUCACGCAGGGAAGACCUAUACUAAACUCCCCUGCAUCGACACCACAGACCCCCCCAGCAGCAGCGAGAGCCAGGCUGCCAUGUACUCUCCAGAGGACAAUUCUCUGGCACCGCUGCUGGAUGAGGCCCCGGAGACGACCCCCCGUGGGGGCACGUUCCCCCGGAAGAGCCGUAGCCAGGAUAACAGCGCCCGGACCAGUACCACCACUACCACCAGCGAGGUGACAUGCAGGGACUCAGCCACCAGCCCCGAGGAUGGGGAUGAUGCCGAUGAUAAAGACGAGGAGGGGAACAAGAAGAGUCCCUGGCAGAAGCGCGAGGAGAGACCCCUCAUGGUAUGGAAGUAAGAUAUACCUAGGGCUCUCAGGGAACAUUGAGCUACAAGAGAACAGGGGGAGAAAAACCACUGUGUCAAUGAACGCCUAAUUUUUAACUGUGUCCCUUGUAGAUUCUCUACAGAAAAAAAGAGCAGAGAAUAUGAGAGUUUGUCUUGGAGAACCAAGAGAAAGACGUGUGUGAAAGAGAUUAUGAAGUGAGAAUGGAAAUCAAACAAAGAAGCACAAUUGUCACAUGAGUCGAGAAAGGACCAGGUGUUUUGAAGACCCACAUUUGCUUGUAGUCAUCACAGAGAUCAGUAGCUAUAUCUGCAUCUCUAAAAACAUCACUGAGAUCGGUAGCUAUAUCCGUAUCUCUAGAAAUUUCACAUGGCUGUGGAUUUAUUUAUUUUUAAAAUCAUGAUCCCUAAGCAUGUGGAUGGGAACAAAUGGGAGAGGGAACAAAUGGGAGAGUUCCUCUGAUUGGUUGGUAUUCUGUGAUUCUUGAGAAAUGCUCAACAAUGUUUUUCUCCACUAUGCUGUUUGUAGAAUUCCUUGGAAAUGUUACCUAUCUGAUUUUGCUGUUACCUUAGCAUUAACCUCAAGUCAUUUUUACAGACCUUUUGGGAGGUGUCAGCUGGCCAAACAGAAACUUUUGAUUCCUAUGGAAAACCAAGACUGUCGGCCAGAAUUGGAAUGAAUUAGUAUAUUUUUUUUCAACUCUUUAAUCUUGUUUUUUUUUUAACAGAUUAGAUGGCCUUCUUUUUAUGACUGAGUGGUACUUAAUGUCAUUGAGGAGUCAGAUCAAUGUAUUAAACAUUGGAAAAAAGGUUGCUGUUGUGAUUGUGAAAUCCUAAUAAGUAAGUCCUAGAACCCAGGGUUUACAACAAUGUUGUUGUUUCAUUUUUUACUCUAACAUUUUCCUUGGAGAUAAUGGCAGAAAACCACCUCCACGUUACUAUCACUGAAGCCUGGAGAAUAAUGCAAACCGUUUUGCAGUUGCCAUUUUCCUUACUGACAGAAAAUGUUAGUCAUGUUUUUUUUCUUCCUUUACUAACCUGCUGACCUGGUGACUUGUAACAUUAAAAUCUAUGGAAGCAUGUACCUGACAAAAAUGAUUUGAAAUGUUCAUUAAGCUGGAAACAAAUUAGAGCAUCACAGAAAGGUUUGCUAGAACAUUUUUGUUAGCUUAGCAUUGCAAGUCUGUACCUUUUUGUUGCAAUAUCAAUUUAAAGUCAGACAUGGAUUGGAUGAUACCGACAUGUAAAAGACACUGAGUUGACUGAGCGGAAAUCACAAUGACCUAAUGUUCCCAUAAACUGUCCCAUAUUAUAUUGUCAGUAAUCUCCACUGGCUCAUAUUCUCAAAACAUCUCAUCAUUAGCCUUCAGAUCAAUAAGACAGGAAUCCAUCCAGGUUUUCUCAGACCUAAAAAUGUUAAUGUCCAACAAAUCACACCAAACAAUUAGUCUCUUAAGUGCCUUUUUUUAGCAUAAAAAAUAAUGGCUUGGAUUCAAGGCCUCGGUAUGUUAACCCAGCAGUUGUACCAUUGUACAACCAUUCAGAAAGCAACUGGCUAAACCUGAGGUUUAACACAUACUCUGUAACAUGGUUUUUCUCAUUAUUUUCAGGUUACGAUAUUGAGUCAUACACAAUGUUAAGCUAUCGUUAGCUAAUCAACUUUGAUUUAAACAAACAGUACACAACCUUGAUGACCAGGGGUCAUUUGAAGGCAAUCAAGCCAUACACACACUAUCAGGUUUAUGAAGUCCAGUUGAAGUUCUAUCACGUUGCCUUGUGGACUAAUAAACAGCACGGCCUAAAGGAAAUCAGGUGUAGGGCCUUGCUUGAGAUGCACAGCAAUGGUCCUCUUCAUUUCAAACCUGCAUUGUCACAAUCCCUGUUUUAUACUUACUGUUUUUUGGGGGGGAUAACAACACUGUCACUGCUCUCUCUCCCCCCCCCCCCCAUUUCUCCAUUCAAAAGUAUGUGAAUGACCCUUGAAAAUCUAUUUUUAAAGUUUGACACUUUCCACAUUUUGAGUUACUGAGUUGAUACAAGUAUGUGAAGUGGUUUCCCUGUGGUUUGAGACUCAAGAUUACAACGAACAUGCAUGUUCCUCUUCUCAUAAGCAUUUGUCGAGUUGUGGUCUUUUUCCAGCUUCUCUCAACUUCAAAAUGGUUUGAUGUUUUAAGCUUGCAGAAUUGAGCCACCUGUCUCUGUGAAUUAACCAGCUCAGCUCUGAUAUGGAAUUUCCUUAGACUAUUUCAGAGAGAGAUGUUAUGUUUGUUUCUUUUUUGGGGGCCAGGGUAUGUUUUUGGGAUAAAGUUCAUGUCCAAUGUCAUUUUAAGGGAUGAGGUUGGCACAUGAACACUACUAGUUAUAUUGGCCCUACGAAGCACUACUGAAUAGUGUGUUCUAUGUGGCGUCAUCAGAAAUUGACAUCAGAAAUGGUUCUGAGGACAAGGAUAAUACUGUUGUUUGACGUCUAUAAACAAGACAGUCAGAGCUUUGAAAGUGUGUCAAGUCUCUCCACCCCUGUCAGUGCAGGGCAAGCCACUGAUGAAACUACCCAUAUUAGCAAGUGCAGCAUCUGUGAAUUCUGACAAAUCACAGCCUACCACACGAUGGUGUCAUUGCUAGAAACAGUGUAAAUUGGGUGUGUUGUGUUCUGAUUAAAUAUGACUUGAGAAAGUUAUUUUUGUUUACUUUUUUUUUUACAGUUAUUUUUAUAUAUGUGAAUUCCUGGCUAAUCUUAAUUCCUAUAGGCCUACUGUUUGAGUGCUUAUACAAGGUCAGUUGUUGUCUCCUAGGCAACAGACAGAGGGAUGAUGUGCUGUUAUGGUAAACUGGUGCCACCUCCUUUCCCCCUCAGAUCUAUAUUUCUGAGGCAAAUCUUUGCUAACUUUUAUUGCUUGUUAUUAAUAAUGUUAAUAUACAAUCCAAUAAUUAAAGCAUUUAACAAGU